CUCUCUCACUCCCUCUUUGCCAUUUCUACAGAUCACGAUAUAGCUUUGAUUUGAUUCUCUAUAGUCACCUAGCCUACGUAUACCAACCAUAUACAGACGCGACAGAUCUGGAGAUCGAUCAUGGACCUUGCUGCUAGUGAUCAUUCGAUCCAUAACUCCAGAAUUGAGCAUGUGUUCUCUCCGGCGACCGCGGACGGGAAGCGGGUGGUUCAUGAUGAACUGGACUUCUUUGCUGAUCAUCACAAGGGUAGUCUGAAAGAAACAGAUCAAACCCUUGAAGAUAAAGAAGACAUGGCUCAAGAAAAGCAACUAGAUACUGGUUUAAAUCUUCUUACAACAUAUACCAGUACCAGCGAUAAAUCAUCUACGGAUGAUGGAUCAACAUCUCAUAGUAUGGAAGAUCACAAACAAACAAUAAAUGAGCUAGAAGUUGUUCAAGCUGAAUUGGGGCGUAUGAACGUAGAUAAUCAACGGCUGAGAGUUAUGAUUACUCAGGUUAACAACAAUUACAAGAGCUUACAGGUGCAUCUCCUAGAAUUCAUGCAACGCCAGCAAAAUCAACCAGUAAAACAACACAAGAUGGUCAUAAAUGGAACAGCACCAGAAGAGAAGCAGAUAAUGAACAAUAUUGUUCCUAGACAAUUUAUGGAUAUGGGCAGGGCUGGAAAUAUCACUCAUCAUGAGAAAAAUGAGCUUGUUUCACACUCUUCAUUGGAUAUGGCUAGAUUAUCCAAUAACGAUUGUUCUGGUUCGCCUCCCAUUGUUGAGUCAAUGGAUCACUUCAAGAGCCCAGUUCAAAGGGGCAGUAAAAGAAAGUCUGGGGGUGCUGAAGAUAGCUCAUCAGAAGGACAAGAAUUUCCAGCUGGGAGUCCUGGUUGGGUUCCUAAGAAAAUUCCCAAGUUGAGUUCUGGGGACGUCGACGUAGAUCAUCAGGCUGCAGCUUCUGAAGAAACCGUGUCCAUGAUUAAGAAAGCUCGUGUUUCUGUUCGAGCACGAUCUGAAUCUUCCAUGAUAUCUGAUGGAUGCCAAUGGAGAAAGUAUGGUCAGAAGAUGGCUAAAGGGAACCCUUGCCCUAGGGCUUAUUAUCGUUGCACCAUGGGAACUGGUUGCCCAGUUCGAAAACAGGUACAAAGAUGUGCAGAAGACAAAACCAUACUCACAACAACUUAUGAAGGGCAUCACAACCACCCACUCCCACCUGCUGCUAUGACCAUGGUAUCUACUACAUCAGCAGCAGCAUCAAUGAUACUCUCCGGUUCAAUGCCCAGUGCUGAUCAACAUCCUCACCAUGCCAUAAUAAACUCAUCAUCAAACAAUUUUUUACAAGGAACAGCUCUUCAUCAUCCACAACUGCCAAAUUGCCCACCAAGCUUUGCAACUCUUUCAGCUUCAGCCCCGUUUCCCACAGUUACAUUGGACCUCACUCGCGCUCCAACUACUGCAUCAGAGACUAUGGCACUGAACCAAUUACCAAAUUUUUCUCAAAACUUGCCUUUGCCACAUGUUUUAGGCCAAGCCCUAUGCAACAGCGAAUCAAAACUUACCCUUCUCGAUGGUUUACGAGGACUGGACACUACUACAAAUCACUCGAUCCUAGCUGACAAAGUAAGUGCAGCUACGGCCGCCAUCACAGCUGAUCCAAAUUUCGCAGCAGUUCUAGUGGCAGCCAUUACCUCUAUCAUGGGGAAUAAUGUUCAUUCAAACAAUAAUACCAACACUUCCAACAAUAUUACUACAAGAAACAGUAGUGAUGACAAUACAUAAACAUCAAUUAUUUUAUUUCACAUGUUCAGAGAAAUAAACUUUCUUGCUGGAUUUCAUCUUCAAUUC